GAAAGAAAGAAUUGGUUGCUACAAGUUGUCCUCUGACAUCCACAUGAGCUCAGUAGCAGGCACAAACACACUCACAAAUAGCAAAUAAAUGUAACUUUGAAAAUUUAUUCUGUAGUAUAAUACUUGCUUUUUCCCUAAAAAUGAGAUUAUGUACACUUCCAGAAGUCAUUAUACCUAUCACUGGCUACUUUGAUUAUUCUUCAAGUGUAGUUGCUAGCCCACUGAAAAGUUUCUUAUGCUAACACUAAAUAGUGAUGUUACCAUCUAAACGCUUGUAUUUUAAGAUAAAAAAGUAUGUACAAAUAUAUAACAAAUGAUUAAAAAUAUGCAAAGCUACUACAUUUCUUAUUUCCGUAAUUGGUGCAGUAUAUAACCGGCAUGAAUUGUCUUUAACCAUUUAUGAUGUACACAAAAUACCUAGAACAAAGGCAAGUAUUUCUGACACAAAAUAACCAUAUAGAGGGGGCUGGAGAGAUGGUUUCAGUGGUUAAGAGCAUUGCCUGCUCUUCCAAAGUUCCUGAGUUCAAUUCCCGGCAACCACAUGGUGGCUCACAACCAUCUGUAAUGAGGUCUGGUGCCCUCUUCUGGCCUGCAGGCAUACACACAGACAAAAUAUUGUAUACAUAAUAAAUAAAUAUUUUAAAAAACAUAUAGAGUAAGCUCUAUCCCUAAGAGCACUAAAUACAAAAGUUGUUCAACAAUAAAAUGGAAAAAGAAAAGCUAUGAUAUAAAAUGAGCGCUACCUCAGAGCACCUCAGAACAGGACUAGUGGUGGCAACCUUGUCCUUCCCUCGAGAGCCCCUGCGUCUCUAUGCCAAGACAGACCCAGAAAUUAGAAUCUCUAGAAAGGACGAAUGUAGGCAGAACCAUGCUUAUAUGCACCAUUAUCAAAUUGCUAGGGGCCAAACAGAAAAACCAUGAAAGCAGAAAGAAAAAAAUGACUCACCAACAUUAAGGGAACAAUAAAGUUUAUAGCUGAGGCUCAUAAAAGAUCAAGGAAGUGAUAAAAUAACCUCCAGAGUGUGAAGCAAAAACAAAACCUGUCAGAGAAAAACCCCAUGUGAGGCAAAACUAUCCUUCAAAAACUGAAAGUGAAAAGCUGGGGGGAUAGCUCAGUCAGUAAAAUGAUUACUGACUCACGUGUGAGCAUGAGGUCCUGGGUUUGAACCCCAAAACCUACGUAAAAAACCAGGCCAAGGGACGGGAGAAAUGACGCAGUGAUUAACAGCACUGGCUGCUCUUCUAGAGGAUCUGGGUUUGAUCCACAGCUCCACACGUCAGCUCACAACCAUCUGUAGCUCCAGUUCCAAGGAUUCAACACCAGCCAUACUCACAUCCUUGUGGCAUAUACUCACACAGAUACAUACAUACACAUAAAAAUCAUUAUAAAGAAAGGAAGAAAGAAAGAAGACAGAAUUCAAGCUUGACUGAGCGUGCAGGCGCACACACAUACACACACACACAAUUUAUUUUUUAAUGAUGAUGAGCUAACAGGUGGCAGUGGUGUACAUCUUUAAUCCCAGUACCAGGGAGGCAAAAGCAGAUGCAUCUCUGUGAGUUUGAGGCCAGCAGGAUUUACAGAACAAGUUCCAUGACAGCCAGGGCUACCUGAAGAAAUGCUGUCUCGUUUUGGAGGAAAAAAAAAAUGAAAAUGAGGGUGAGCUAAAAACAUCCCAGGCACAUCAAAGAGAAAACACAUUGCAGGUACACCUAUACUCCUCCUGGGUAUAGGCGGAAAGUGUGGAGUCACCACACUAUUGCUUGCACUCCCCCAUUCAUUGUAGAACUCUUCAGAGCCACCAAAAUAUAAAAUCAGCUAAAUCCCAAUUGACAGGUGAAUGAGCAAAGAAUAAAAGGGUUGGGGCUUGGGAGAGGGCUCAGUAUUGACCACACAAUGGACCAUUGACCGUAAUGAAGAAAAGGUGACGAACUAGAGAACAGCGUACCAAUUCAGUUGGACCCUAAAAGACAGGUGUCAUCUGCAUCUUUUUCAGUCACUGUGUAGUCUUGGAACUCACUUUGUAAACCAGGCUGACCCAGUACUCAAUGAGAUACACCUGCCUCUGCCUCUCAAGUGCUGGUAUUAAAGGUGUGUGUCUGGCUAUAUGCAUUCUUUCAUAAGCAGAAAUUUUUAAAAUGAUGAUCUGAAUGCAGAAGAGAGACAAUUAGAGGCUGGGAAGGAUGCCAGGGGGAGAACAGAUGGAGAGGAGUUAAGUGUGAGCUAACAUGACAUAUAGAUAUAUGAAAAUAUCAUGGCAAAACCACUAAUUUGGCAGGGUUAGUGAAAUGGUGCAUACCGAUAAUCUCAACAGUUGGUAAGUGCAGGCAGGAGGAUCAGGAGGUCAAGGUCAUUCUCAGAGGCAUGCCUAGAUAAAGGCCACCCUUGCCCACGUGACACCCUGAAUCAAGAAAAAAAAUUACUUUGUACAAUUAAUACAUGUUUAUAAAGAUUGCAUUAUAGCACAGUUCAAAUAGUACAUAAGCCAGAGGUCAUCUCACGACACAGAAACUAAUGAAGUGUCCCAGAGUAAAAUUCAGUAACAUAUAAAAAGGGUUGUGUACCCAGAAUAAUGGGCUUUAUUCCAUUACUUGUCUAGCAUACAAAAUUCAUAAGGAUUUUUUUGUUUGUUUGCUUGUUUUUAAGUCAGGGUUUCUCUGUGUAACAGUCUUGGCUGUCUUGGAACUCACCCUGUAAACCACGCUGGCCUUGAACCAGCUGGCAACUUUUUAUAUCUUACUAGUGCUCGGGUUCCACAGUUUGACUGAUUUGGUUCAUCUGUCAAAUUCACUGAAGCUUCAUGCAUUUUAAUAUAUACUCAUGCCAGGCGGUAGUGGCCCACUCAGCUUUAAUCCCAGCACUCGGGAGGCCGAGACAGGAAGAGCUCUGUGAGUUUGAGGCCAGUCUUCCAGGACAACAGGGCAACACAGAGAAACCCUCUCUCAAAAAACUAAAUAUGUAUUCAUUUUACUCAAAAGGAAAAAAUCUUGAAAACAAAUACUAAUUAAGGGUAAACCCAUGAACAAUAUAGUUGUUUGUUGUUAGUGCUUUUAGAAAUGGUAUCAUUGCAGUGUAGGAUGGUCCUGAACUCUAGUUAAUCCUGUUUCAGCCUCCCAAGUGCUAGUAUUUACUAUAAACAUGUGCCCCACACCUCACCAAUAAUACAGUUCUUAAGAUGAGUGUAUCAAUGCCUACAGCUGUCUUUUAAGUUGAUCUAAGUGGAUCUUCAGGCAUCUUGGUGUACGUCUGUAAUCCCAGCACUCAGGAGAUGCAGAUAAGAAGAUUGUGAACUUGAGAUUAGUUUGGACUAUGUAGCAAGAUCUUAUGUCAAAAAUAAAAAUGAGGGCUGGGCAGUGGUGGCAUACACUUUUAAUCCCAGCACUCGGGAGGCAGAGGCAGGCGGAUCUCUGUGAGUUUGAGGCCAGCCUGGUCUACAAAAGCCAGGACAGGCUCUAAAACUACAGCGAAACCCUGUCUUAAAAAUAAAAUAAAAUAAUAAAAAAUAAAAUAAAAAUGAAUAACACUUGCCAGGUAGUGCUGGCUUUAAUUUCAGCACUUGGGAGGCAGAGGCAGGCAGACCUCAGUGAGUUCAAGUGCAGCCUGGUCUACAAAGCAAGUUUUAGGAUAGUUAAGACUGUUACACAGAGAAACCCUGUCUUGAAAAGUCAAAUAAAUAAAAAUAAGAAUAAACACAUGAAGGUAAUUAAAAUUUCCUGGGCUUGGUGCUGUACCCCUUUAAUCCCAGCACUCGGGAAGCAGAGGCAAGUGGAUCUCUGUGAGCUUGAGGCCAGCCUGAUCUACAGAGUAAGUUCCGGGACAACAAGACUACUCACAGAGAAACUCUGCCCUCCAAAACAAAACAAAACAGAAUAAAAAAUUAGUAGGAAGGGUUGGAGAAACGGCUCAGUGGUUAAAAGCAUUCACUGUUCUUGCAGAGAGGCCAUGGGUUCAGUUCUCAUCUUACAACAAUCUGUAAGUUCAGUCUGAGGAGAUCUGACACCUUCUUCUUGCCUCUGCAAACACCAGGCAUAUACAUGAUACACAUACAUGUGGACCAAACACGUGUACACAUAAAAUGAGAUAGUAUUUUUUAAAACCUAAGAUAGCCACCAACUUCAAAGGUGCAGAUAACACCUCUGACCUGUGAAUCCUGAGAGUGACUUGAUGUUUAACUAACUACACAAGCAUGAAUCACCCCACUUCUAUUUUCCCCAGUUUCCACCAAUAAAGAUACCUACCAAACUCUCUCCCGGGGGGCUCAGAGUUGAGACUGACUCUCAUCUCCACUUGCAAAAUUAGUCCUUUCUGGCAUACUGCAGGUGGGCAAAAUGGGCUUUGAAUGACUGUGCAGUUGGUAGCAGUUUUCUUAUUUAUAAAACAAUUGUCUUCAGCUCAACACAGUGUAGUAAUUUUAAAAGGUAAUGAUUUUGUAGCUCAUAAAUAACCAUCCGUUCCCAUCCUGCUUGGAACCUCAUGACUACUUUCGGCAGAUGGACUGCAAGCGCUUAGUUUUUAGGCAGUUAAAAGGCAAUGCCCAGCAAUGGUGACAAAAAGGUGUGGGGGAGACCUUUCUAUUCUUUUCCACUUUGAUACGUACUCCAACAGUCCACUUGGCCUUCCCAGGAGUUCAUGUGAAUGGAAAAACCAUUUAAGACUUGGAGAUUAAAGCUGGGAUGCCUUUUAUCCCAGCACUUGGGAGGCAGAGGCAGGUGGAUUGCUGGCCUGGUCUACAAGCAAGUUCCAAGACAACUAGGGCUAAGACAGAGAAACCCUGUCUUCAACCCCCCGAAUCCCCCCCAAAAAAAACAUACUUGGAGAUUGUUGCUGAAGCCUAGUCUAAGACAGUAAUUUUGAAAGAAAGGCUUAAAUGCUUAAAAAAUAAAAACACCUAAAAUAUAUAGUAUAAUAUAUAGAUAGAGUAUUGUUAUACUGCCAUGCUCAGUAGCCUAAGUUCUAGACCUUUAGGGAUCUCAGCUAAAACCAGACUUGAAUUUGUGGCUUUGACAAAGAAUAACAUUUCGAGACUAGCCAUUUUAUGAAGCAGAAUUUGAGUUUAUUUUUUAUUUAAUUUUUUAUUGAUUUUAUUGAGCUAUGCAUUUUUCUCUGCUCUCCUCCCUUCCUCUCCCCUCCCCUUCAACCCUCUCCCAUGAUCCCCAUGCUCCCAAUUUAUUCAGGAGAUCUUGUCUUUUUCUAUUUCCCAUGUAGAUUAGAUCCAUGUAUGUCUCUCUUAGGGUCCUCUUUGUUGUCUAGGUUCUCUGUGAUUGUAAAUUAUAGCCUGGUUUUCUUUGCUUUAUGUUUAAAAACCACUUAUGAGUGAGUACAUAUGAUAAUUAUCUUUCUGGGUCUGGGUUACCUCACUCAGUAUGAUGUUUUCUAGCUCCAUCCAUUUGCCUGCAAAUUUUAAGAUGUCAUUAUUUUUUUCUGUUGUAUAGUAUUCCAUUAUGUAAAUGGACCACAUUUUCCACAUCCAUUCUUUGGUCGAGGGGCAUUAGGUUGUUUCCAGGUUCUGACUACGACAAAUAAUGCUGCGGUGAACAAAGCUAAGCACACGUCCUUGUGGUAUUAUGUUUUAUUUUUUAAUGGAAACAAAGGAUUAUGACAGGCACUUCCAUGACAAAAAGAAGACUCUAAGACAAUGAAGAGCAAAACUGCAACACAUGGGCUAAAUAUUUUCCACUCUCAUUAUCACCAUCAGCACUUUGCUCCAACUUCCAACAGAUAAGAGCUGGAGCUUAAUAAAAAAAAUUAGUAUAGACUUAAGCACAGUGGUUAAGAGAGACAAUGCAAGUGUGAUAAUGGCCGCCUUUAAUCCCAACAGAUGCAGCCAGAGCUCUGUGAAUUCAAGAUGUGCCUGGUCUACAUAUCAAGUUCCACCCAGGCCAGGACAAAUGAGGGUGUGUGUUGAAGCAAGUAUGACAUCCAAGAGUAUAGGUGUAGGCUUCUUGAGCAGUCAGUAAGAUAAAUCCAUAGUUAAGGGCUCUGGAAGGGAGCGAUACAAUUAUUUAGCAUUGAUUAUAUAUCCCAUCUUGAUGGCUCUUAGGUUGUGUCUCAAAAGAUUACUAAUGUGCCCUCCCCAAAAGUAGGAUGGGUGAGGGAGCUCUGGGAAUGCCUUGGAUGAUAAUCUGGCAAAGCAAAACCAGAAAUUACUAAGGUUACACAAGAGAUUUAGUUUAUUGUCCUUUCCUUGUAAACCAGGUUUCUCAUGAGAUUUCUGGAAAAUUGCAGGUUAUAGCUGGGAAGAGAAAGACCUUAAGCAGUUGUUAAUUGUGCUAGAUCUCUUGCUUCUCUACUGGCAAAAGGCUAGGAGUGGGGAGGAGGAAGGCUCUCCAUUUCUCUUCUCAUACCCCCUCCCCAAUUUCCCUGCCUUUCUCGCCUGCUUCAUUGCCUCUUCAUUCUAAAUUCACCCUUCUAUAUACCUGGCCUCCGAGUUAGUGAUUGCAAACUUAUUUACUCCUAGAGGCAGCAGCAUUAGGUCGCCAGGCUGCCUCUUUGCUAGCGAAAGUGGGCACACCAGCCUGGAGUGGGAGUGAGUCUAGGGCAGACAUGCCAAUUUGGCUAGAGUUGUAAAGAGUGGGUGGGUGGAGACGUGGUCUAUCAAUGGUGCCAACCUUGGACAGGGAACCCCAAGGAAGUACAAAAGGGCUACACAUUCAGACACAAAAUUGUGAACUUAAAACAUUGAGGUGCUUUUUUAAAUAUUUGUUUUUAGAGUGUUUGUCUGUGCACCACGUGCGUUCAUGGCGCCCAUGGUGGUCAGAAGAGGGCAUCGGAUCCGCAGGAAGUGCAGUCACAGGUGUGAGCUGCCAUGUGGGUGCUGAUACUCAAGUCCAACUUUUCAGGAAAAGCAGCCUGCAUUCUUAUUCGCUGAGCCAUCUCUUCAGGCCCAAACAUUUUUUUUUUCACACUUGUUUUAUUUUAUUUUGCAGAGACAGUGUUUCUCUGUGCAGCCCUGGCUGUCCUGGAACUCAUUCUGCAGACCAAGCAGGUCGAAACUCAGAGAUCCGCCUGCCUCUACCUUCUGAGUGCAGGGAUUAAAGGCCUGUGCUACCAAGGCCCAGAAGUGGUUUUCACACUUUUAAAGGAUUGAGCUCUGAGGUUUGUCUAUAACUAGCUUGGUCAAUUGUCCGGUGUGAAUGCUAUAGAUGACGAAGUCCUGUAGCGAUGACACGCAAAAUGAACAUUAAGCUCACAACCCUCGGCCGGGGUUGAUACCCCUAGGUGGUCCAAUACAAUACGUCUGACGCCCCCUGGUAGACAUCACUACAAGCCCAAAGUCCCAUCGAAUCAGAUGCGGGCCAGGGAUAUCAGAACCAGCAUUGCUCGCCGGCCAGACUGACAACCGCACUAUCUCCCCCACCCUCCACGGGCGGACCCGGGUCACGCAUCCUCCACGGUCGGGAAGUGCCACCAGCUCUAGACCCCUCUAACCGGCUGGGGCCUUUCUCGCUGGUACAUUAGCUGACGCCCCAGGGCGGGCGCUCCUCUGGCGCCAGGGGGCGCGCGGCUGCUCAGGGGACCUUCUGGCCUGCGGCGGCGGCAGCUCGACUGCUCCGAGGCGGGCCAGGUGAACCCCUGCGUUUCCCCGCAACGUGCGGGUAUUGCUUGAGCUACUAUCAUGGAGGUGCCGGUGGAUACUGGGCCUCGGCAAGCUGGCGGAGGACUAGGCGUGGCCAGGUCCACAUCCUCCGGCCGUGCAGCGCGGGCCUCGGCAAUACCCUGGGCGCGCUUCUCUGCCUGGCUGGAGUGCGUGUGCGUGGUCACCUUCGAUCUGGAGCUGGGCCAGGCGCUGGAGCUCGUCUAUCCGAGUGACUUCCGGCUCACAGAUAAGGAGAAAAGCAGCAUCUGCUACCUGUCCUUUCCAGACUCCCACUCAGGAUGCCUUGGAGACACUCAGUUCAGUUUCCGCAUGCGUCAGUGUGGAGGUCAGAAGAGCCUCUGGCAUGGUGACGACAGGCCUUAUAACAGUAAGGCCCCCUUGGCACUGCAGAGAGAGCCAGCGCACUACCUGGGCUAUGUGUACUUCAGACAGGUGAAGGACAGCUCUAUGAAGAGGGGCUACUUCCAGAAGUCUUUAGUGCUGGUGUCCCGCCUGCCAUUUGUCCGGCUGUUUCAGUCACUCCUAAGCCUGAUCGCCCCUGAAUACUUUGAGAAGCUGGCACCCUGCCUGGAAGCAGUUUGUAAUGAGAUUGACCAAUGGCCAGCCCCCGUGCCUGGGCAGACCCUGAACCUACCUGUCAUGGGAGUUGUCAUUCAGGUGCGCAUCCCAUCCAGGGUGGACAAGCUGGAACCCAAUCCGCCAAAGCAGUGUGACCAAGAGAACCUGCUGCCAGCCCCAGUCGUCCUCACUAGUGUCCACGAACUGGAUCUGUUUAGGUGCUUCCGGCCAGUGCUAACUCAUGUGCAAACCCUGUGGGAGCUCAUGCUCCUUGGGGAGCCCCUCGUGGUUCUGGCACCCUCGCCUGAUGUGUCUUCAGAACUGGUGCUAGCCCUGACCAGCUGCCUACAGCCCCUGAAGUUCUGCUGUGACUUCCGCCCCUACUUCACCAUUCACGACAGUGAGUUCAAGGAGCUCACAACACGAACACAGGCUCCACCAAACGUGGUCCUAGGAGUCACAAACCCUUUCUUUAUCAAAACACUCCAGCACUGGCCUCAUGUCCUCCGAAUUGGGGAACCCAAGAUGUCAGGGGACCUUCCUAAGCAAGUCAAGCUUAAAAAACCCUCGCGGCUGAAGACCCUAGACACCAAGCCAGGCCUCUACACCUCAUACACUGCCCAUCUCCACCGGGACAAAGCACUGCUUAAACGGCUGCUCAAGGGAGUACAGAAGAAGAGGCCAUGGGACGCACAAAGUGCCCUGCUGAGGCGGCACCUCCUAGAACUCACACAGAGUUUCAUUAUUCCCCUGGAGCACUACAUGGCGAGCCUCAUGCCACUGCAGAAGAGCAUCACACCCUGGAAGAGCCCCCCCCAGAUCUGCCCCUUCCGCCAGGAUGAUUUCCUGCGUAGUCUGGAACACGCGGGACCCCAGCUCACUUGCAUCCUCAAGGGCGACUGGCUGGGCCUCUAUAGGUGGGAAAACAUCGGGCACAGGCUGCUGUGGGUGUCCCAAACAUAUAGGCCAGCUCCUCAGCUGCUCCUUGCCCAUCACAGGCGUUUUUUCAAGUCCCCCCAUUUUGAUGGCUGGUAUCGGCAGCGGCAUAAAGAGAUGGCCCAGAAGCUGGAGGCUCUACACCUGGAAGCUAUUUGUGAGGCGCAGAACAUUGAGGCCUGGAUGAAGGACAAGUCAGAGGUGGAAGUGGUGGACCUAGUCCUGAAACUUCGAGAAAAGCUGGUGCGGGCACAGGGCCACCAGCUCCCUGUGAAGGAGGCGACACUGCAGCGGGCUCAGCUGUACAUCGAUACAGUUAUUGGCUCCCUGCCCAAGGACCUACAAGCAGUCCUGUGCCCUCCCUAGGACAGAGCCAACUUGUGUGGUCCUGGAGGCCUAAGUCUGCCAAGUUCCCUCUCCUGUGAAGGCAGGCCUCCACCAAGCUGGGGGCUCCCAGCCUUGGGCUCCUACCUCAGCUUCAGUUCCCUCCCGGAACCACCUCUGUCCCAGCAGUAAAAAUGACAUUUGGAA